CACAUGGCAGACGUAAUUCACAGCGGGGAAGAGAGAAGCCAUUGCAAUAAUAAACGAGAAAGCAACUGCAAAUUAACACUUCCUUUCCUUCUCAAUAUUCUCAUCCAUGGCUUCUUUGGCUUCUACUCACUCAACAAUCAAAUAUGGAAUCAUUGGAGUCGGAAUGAUGGGCCGAGAACAUCUCCUUAAUCUCUUCCAUCUUCAAGAUAAAGGUGUCGCCGUUGUUGCCAUAGCUGACCCACAUGCUUCUUCACAGCGCCAAGCCCUUGAUUUAGCUCAAUCAUUUGGAUGGAAAAUGGAGGUUUUCUCAGGGCACCAAGAGCUUUUGGAUAGUGGACUUUGUGAUGUAUUGGUUGUUUCAACUCCAAAUAUGACUCACUAUCAAAUUCUCAUGGAUAUCAUCAAUCAUCCUAGACCUCAUCAUGUACUUGUGGAGAAGCCAUUGUGCACAACAGUUGCUCACUGCAAAGAGGUCGUAAUGGCCGCAAAAAAGAGGGAGGACAUACUAGUUCAAGUUGGACUGGAAUACAGAUACAUGCCACCAGUUGCUAAACUGAUUGACAUAGUGAAGGGUGGGAGUCUUGGACAAGUUAAAAUGGUGGCAAUUCGUGAGCAUCGGUUUCCUUUCUUGGUUAAGGUCAACAACUGGAACCGGUUCAAUACUAAUACUGGGGGAACUCUGGUAGAGAAAUGCUGCCAUUUCUUUGAUCUUAUGAGACUGAUUGCAGGUGCAAAUCCUAUUCGUUUAAUGGCAUCUGGAGCAAUUGAUGUUAAUCACAAAGAUGAAAUGUAUGAUGGGAAGGUACCAGAUAUACUUGACAAUGCAUAUGUAAUAGUUGAAUUUGACAAUGGUUCAAGAGGGAUCCUGGAUCUUUGUAUGUUUGCUGAGGGAAGUAAAAACGAACAGGAGAUAUCAGUUGUUGGUGAUAUUGGAAAGGGUGAGGCUUUUGUUCCUGAAAACAUUGUUCGUUUCGGCACUCGAGUUUCUGGGAGAAAUGGAGUCGAAACAUUAAAAGCAGAGGAUCACAGAAUCAAGUACGAAGGUCUGCAUCAUGGGUCUAGCUAUUUGGAACACCUAAAUUUUUUGUGUGCAAUGAGAAGUAAAGAGAGAGAAGUUCCAGUAGUGGACUUAGAAGAUGGAUUGAUUUCAGUAGCCAUGGGAGUUGCUGCACAACUCUCUAUAGAGACUUCUCGAUUUGUCACCAUUACUGAAGUCAUGGAUUAGUGCCAAAGUUUUGAACUCUGAUCUAGACUUGUGCUGAUUUUUCUCUUUUAAAGUCAAGUUUUGGUUGUUUUGUAGUAUAUGAAUUAUACUUUUGUACUCUAAAUAAUUCAUAUUUUCAUCAAUAAAGUUGUCAUUAAAGAAUUGUUAACAAAAUUAAA